AUGAACUUUGAGCUUUUCAGGGAAUGCAAACAACAAAGCAACAUAAAAAAUUUUCAAAAUAAGAAAAUAAAAAAACUAAAUAUAAAUAGAAAUUGUCAAUUUAUUAAGAAAAUGACUCACCAAAGUCCCUUAUAAAACCCUCACCCUCAAUCACUGAACAUUUGUCCGUGCCUUCACCCAAUUUUAUUUACUUGGUUCGCCGGUCCUUUCCUUUCACCCCUUUUUUAUUAUCUCUCUUCUCCGCUUCCUCCCCCUUCAAUGGCGGCAGCGGUUGCAGAACCCCCUUCAUCCUCUUCUUCUCCGCCUUCAUCUACCGCCGCAAAAACCAUCCUCGGAAGAUACCAAUCCGGUAAACUCCUCGGCAAAGGUAGCUUUGCCAAGGUUUACCAUGCUCGAUCCUUGACCACCAAUCAGUCCGUUGCUAUUAAGGUAAUCGAUAAAUCUAAAACCCAUCCUUCUAUGGAGCCUCGCAUCGUAGGCGAAGUCGCCGCGAUGCGGAGGCUUAAUCAUCCUAACAUCCUCAAGAUCCAUGAAGUUUUGGCAUCAAAAUCGAAAAUCUAUUUGGUUAUGGAGCUCGCUAAGGGCGGUGAUUUAUUCGGAAAGCUUUCGCGCCGUGCUGAUCAUCGUUUUCCUGAGCCGUUAGCGCGGAAGUAUUUUCAUCAGCUUGUUUCGGCUCUUCAUUAUUGCCACCAGAACGGAGUUGCGCACCGUGAUGUCAAGCCGCAGAAUCUUCUUCUUGAUGAGGAGGGGAACAUUAAGGUUUCGGACUUCGGGCUUUCGGCUGUGGCCGAAAGCGCGGUGGCUGUGUCAAAGGAAAAGAUGAUGUUGCAAACGUCUUGCGGAACCCCGGCUUUCGCAGCGCCGGAGAUUGUGGGGAGGACUCGGAAUGGAUACGAUGGGUCGAAGGCGGAUGCGUGGUCUUGUGGCGUUAUAUUAUUUGUUAUGAUAACGGGGUAUUUGCCCUUUGAUGAUGGGAAUUUGGUUAUAAUGUAUCGGAAGAUGCAUAGGAAGGAGUACAGGUUUCCGUCGUGGGUUUCGAAACCCGCGAGGGGGUUGAUCAGCCGGCUCCUCGAUCCGAUUCCGAAGAGCCGGCUGAGCAUUGACGACAUUCCAAAUGAUUCUUGGUUUAAGAAUCAUGGAAUGUUGUACCCAAGGAGUGUUAGCCUUGGAGAUAUGGCUUCAUUGGAGGAGAAGAAGUACAAGAAAAUGCUGUUAUUGGAGAAGUGUAAUACUAUGUCGGAUUCAGCAGGUAACAAUGGUGAUAGAACGAGGUGUGGCGAAAGUAUGAAUGCUUUCGAGAUUAUAACCAUGUCGUCGGGGUUGAAUUUGUCUGGGAUGUUUGAUCAAGAUUACUCAGAAGGAAGGAGGGAAAAGAGGUUUACGUCGAGGGAGCCGAAGGCGGUGGUGGUGGAGAAGGUGGUGGGAGUAGGUGAGAAUUUGGGGUAUGAGGUUGAGAAAAGAGAGAAUUGUUGUGGGAAUUUUAGUGUAUGGUUAGGGAAAGGGAGGUUUGUUUUGUCGGUGACGGUGUCCGAGGUGGCGGCCGAGUUGGUCGUGGUGGAGAUGAAGGUUGUGGAUGGUGGUGGAGUGGGUUGGGAUCAAGAAGAAGUUCAUUGGGAGCAGUUGAAGUCAGGUCUUGGUGAUAUUGUUGUGUCAUGGCACCAAUAAAUAAUGUGACCUUACCAAAAAAAAAAAAAAUUAACAAGAACACAUGGUUGAUCAUAGGGGGAUGAAAAUUUUCGCCAAAAUCAACUGGAAAAUUUGGAAAACAGGAAGAUGAUCGAGCUUUCGAGUCGUAUAUGAAACGAUGAUCGAAUCGAAUCGAUGAUACAAGGAUUAUUAUAUAUAUCUUCCUAAAUGAUAUUGAUGGUGAAAAUUUCUUGUACAGAUGAACACCCCAGGAAAAGAACUUAGUUAUGAUGAUGUGCUUAGUUUCUUUUCUAUAAAGAAGAGAGCUAAAUUAGAUUAUACACAGACAGUUGAUUGUAGAUUUUGUUCAUGAUGUUAGUAAACUGGAAUUUUAAUUUGUCUGUGUUAAACUUUUUAGAUAGGGGUUAUAAGGGGUUUCCCUUCAGAAUUCUGAAUCAUCAACCAUGUUAGUGAUGCUUUAAGGUCCAUAAAAAAGAAGAUGCUAAGAAAAUUAGCCAUGACAAGCUUGAUUUAGUGCCUGUACAUUGUAAAAAUUUCGACUUUUUAUCUCCCUUGUAACAUAUUUUUAACUAAUAUAUAUAUGGAAAAUUUUAUUUA